AUGCCAGUCCCAAGCCUGGGGCCUUGCCACACAAGGGGCAAGGAAGGAGGAGGGAUCGAGGAGGUUACGGAUGAAGACCACACCGGCGGUGAAGGCGAAGAAGAAAGCUUCGAUUCGGCGGAAUCGGCGCGGAAGAACCAGCAGAUGGUCAACGGCAGGGGAAUGCAGAAGGCAACGGGAAACCACUGCAUUAAAGAUCUCUCUAGAUAUCCCCAGGAUAUUCAUCCGAUAAACUCUUAUCAUGUUGGAAGCUCAAACACAAAUGGCCUCCAGUCCCGGCCAGACCUUAAAUGGUCAGGAGCUGGAAGGCUCGAUAAUUUGAUUCAAGAAAUGGACAGAAUGAAAAUAGAGAUCCUUGGAGUAUGUGAGGUCCGAUGGCCUGGAAGUGGAAUGGUCAAAUCAGGAGGAAAAGUCUUCUACUACUCUGGUGACAAUGCUAAUCGUAAUCAACACGGUGUUGGUAUCUUGAUGAACGAGAAUCUGCAGAAAUCUAUGAAGUGCUUUGUCCCAAUCUCCGAGAGAGUGGCUCUCGUCCAGAUACUUGGCAAGCCUCUAAACAUCAAUAUUAUCCAGGUUUACGCUCCGACAGCAGACAAACCUGAACAAGAAGUCGAAGACUUCUAUAAACAAAUAGAUACGGCCUUGAAACUCACAAGGACUAAUGAAAUAAAUAUAAUUCUUGGAGAUUUUAAUGCCAAAGUUGGCAGGGGCAGGACGGGGUCAGUGGUUGGCGACUGGGGUUUGGGUGAGAGAAACAACAGGGGCGAAGGGCUGGUUCAGUACUGCGAGGAAAACAAUCUUAUGAUCGCAAACACAUGGUUCAAACUCCCGGCAAGACGACUAUACACCUGGACACCUAGACUACAUCAUAAUUAA